UGGGUACAUUCUACCAAGGUCGAACGCAAAAUAGCGCUAUAGCGCUGUUAACGUUGUCAGCGUCCAAGUAGAAUGUAUAUUAUAGAAAAACUAUAGACAAAGACUGGAAGAAAGCAGUUUAAUACUUGGUCACCAGAGAUAAGGGUUUCACUUUUUUGCUCGUUCUGCUGUUUCUAUUGAUACAUUAUAUCAUGGCAGCUGAGGAAACCUUCGAGCAGUUUGAAGAUGAGGAAACUGAAAUUCCAAUUGGUGGUACAUUACCUGGUGGCCGCAAACGUCUUUUUUCCAAAGAAUUGCGUUGCAUGAUGUAUGGCUUUGGUGAUGAUCAAAAUCCCUACACGGAAAGUGUUGAUUUACUUGAAGAUUUGGUUAUUGAAUUUAUCACCGAAAUGACUCAUAGAGCUAUGGAAAUAGGGAGAACAGGAAGAGUUCAAGUGGAGGAUAUAGUAUUUUUAGUUCGUAAAGAUGCAAGAAAGUAUGCAAGAGUAAAAGACCUAUUAACGAUGAACGAAGAGCUCAAGAAGGCAAGAAAAGCUUUCGAUGAAGUGAAAUACGCAGGUACAGUCUCUCCAUAGAAAUAAAUGCACCACAUGAUUUUUGGCUAUGAAUAGACGUACCAGUGUUCAAAAAGGGGUUUUUUUGUUAUUUUUUAUUAAUUGCUUAGCAACACUAUUGUUUCGCAAGCAAUUUUUUUUUUUCCCACUGAUGGAGUAUAAUUUGUAUUUCAUCACGGAUUGUGCAAUAGAAUAAAAAGUUUAAUGAAACGGAGCUCGAACUUGUUUGAGACAGCACGAAAAAACAAUCAAAGUCGUGUGCAAUCAUUUCUGAAUAAAAUCAAUUGUAAUGUUGAAUGAAGAAAAGUGUAUACGCUUUACGACCAUUCUAACAUAGUUGAAAAUGGUUUCAAAUUCGACAAUUUUGACUGAUUGUGAAAAUAGAGUUUAUGCUUGUGGAAAUGCAAAAAUAUAAGACAUAUGGAAACAUUUUUUAAGCAGCUCAUGAAGUAUUGGAAUAUCAUUUUUCUUCGUAUUCGUUAUUUGUUUCUUAUGCAUCAUGUGUUCAGUCAAAACUGGCGGUACCACAUUGAUUUAUGUAUUUACACAUGCGAUUUUUUGAUACAUAUUUUUCAACGAAUGAAACAAAAAACUCGUCGACUAAAUAAAUGUGACGAAUAUGCA